UCUCUGCCAGCUUUCUCUUCUCCUUCCCCUUCCUGGCUGGUCGGUCUGCUCCGUGCUUGCGCUCAUGAAGUUCCGGCUAUCCACUAGUCUUGUCUUCUACCUGUCAUUACUCCUCGAUGAGCUCCCCCGAACACAAGCCGUCCGCUUUCCUAUCCAUGGACGCAUAGCCGGCUUCAGCAGCUCGGAUGGGGGCGAUGUGCGACGCUUCAAUCGCCUUGGGGCGAGGGCCAGCAUCGAAGGUACCCCGGAUAUCACGAACAGUGGUAACACUAUGUACAAGACGAACAUCACGCUCAAUGGGAAGCAGUUCAACGUCCUCAUCGACACCGGGAGUUCCGACCUGACGGUCACUGGCGAUGUGCCGAAUGCCGCGGACACUGGCAAGACUGCUGGGGUCACAUACGCGUUGGGGGAUACCAAAGGUCCAGUCAAAACUGCUACGCUGAACUUUGAGGGCUUCACGGUGCAGAACCAAGCUUUCAUCCAACAGCCUGUCGACUCCUCUCACUCAGAGGGCGAUGGCAUCCUGGGGCUUGGGCCAAGCAGUGGGUCGGAGGUCCUCGCGCAAGUUGGCAAAAACACCGGCGACCCGGUACUAGACCGCAUCUUUCGCCAGAACCUGACCACGCCGAACUUCCUUACCAUCCUCUUGGGGCGCGCGGAUGACCCUACGGACACGUUCGUCGGGGACAUCACUGUGGGCGAGGUUGUAUCGCCGUUCGAAAACAUCACUAGCCAGCCACGCCUGCCCGUCACUGAGGUCUCUGCGCGCAGUGGGCAACGCUGGACGGCGUUCCUGGACGAGAACGGGAUCAUCGGGCCCGAUGGGCAGCAUAUCGUCACGCCGAAGAAGGCGAACGGCAACAGACUGAACGCGCUGUUCGACUCUGGAUUCACGUUCCCGCAGGUCUCAAAGCGUAUCGCGGAUGCGAUCUACUCUCGCGUACCGGGCGCUAAGUUCACGACUGUGUCGAAUGCGCCGGGGCAAAUGUGGACGCUGCCCUGCUCGACAGAGCUGAACGUCACGUACCUCUUCUCGAACGUCUCUUACCCCGUUCACCCACUCGACACGGUGACGAGCGCAUUCCGCGGUCCCGCGGACGCGAACGGCGACCCGACCUGUGUCGGCGCGUUCCAGCCGAUCUCGCUGAGCGACCAGGGCUUCGACAUCAUCCUCGGCAUGUCGUUCUUGCGGAACGCCUACAUGCUUAUCAACUUCGGUGACUACGUCGACGGGGCGGCGUCCAAGGUCGGCGACCCGUACAUCCAGCUGCUCCCGCUCACGGACCCCGCCGAGGCGCACCGCGACUUUGUGCAAGUGCGCAUGGGCGGCAUCGAUCGCUCCGCGGACCUAAAGCUGCGCCCGGCGCUCACGGAUACGAGCGACGACGACGAUGACAGCACCACCACCGACUCGGGCGACAACAUCAAGAAGUACCUGCCAUACAUCAUUGCGGGCAGUGUCGCGGGCGGGCUCAUUCUGCUCGGGCUCGUGCUGUACGCGUGCUUUGGUGGAUCCAAGAAGAGGUACCGUCCGCUGCACGACCCUGCGCCGGCGGGUCUCCCUGGUCAAGGGCCGCCGCCGUUCCAACAGUACCAGCCCUCGCGCCGGUACUAAGUGCCUCGCUGCUUCAUCUCGUGUCUGUCAUUGCUGUGGCUUUGAGAUCCUCGCACAUCUAGGUUUUGGUUGGGAAUAUCUCGGGCUUGCUCUCGCGCUCAUUGCUUCAUGCACGGACAGACAUUGGUAUUAUAUCCGAGGUCGUGUAGUCUACCCUCCCCUUUGAAUUGCUGCAUUUACAUAUCAACUACACUCGCAUAACUUAUCCCACGCACAUACUGUGCACACGCUACAUACUCACAAUGUUGGACAAUGGAACCACUGACCUUGACGCUGC